AUGUCUCGGCCUAUACGAUGGCUAUGUGCACUGAUGCUGGUGGGUACUGUAGUAUCUCAAGGAUACGGUACUGGCAGCUCAGGUGGUUCGAAUCCUUUCAAAACCAGAGCCGAUUUCGAAGCCGAAAUGGGAGGAAUUGGCAUGAAUCCAGUGUUACCCCCAGGGGAGGAUCAGUACUUCCCACCCCCCGAGAUACCCCAGCCCGAUCAGAAAUUGGACGGAAAUUCAGAGUAAGAUUACCGUACUUUACAGUAAUUAUGUAGUGGUUUGUCAAUUCAAUUGUUAAAACUUGUAGUAAAUUUUUAAAGCUGAAGGGGGUCUGAUUCACAAAAAUUGCAGAUCAACUGAAGAAGAAGAAGUCGAGGAAGAGAAGCCAAAGAAGCGACCAGACUGUCCCGUUCACGGCUUUGGCGGAGCGUCCCAACUCAACGCUCCUGAUGUGAAGUUUGGAAUCAGAAACCUGGGAUCUGAUGCCAACCUUCCGGGAUUCGGAGCCUUGGCCUACCCUGGCAAGCCGCUCCAGAAGAGCCGUAAGUAGAUUAAUCUAAGAUAAUAUAACCUUAAAUAGAAGUUUGUCGCUUUUAUAUAGUCGAAAAUAACCAAAGAUGAGGAUUCUGAAUUUGUAGCCAAAUGGGAGCACGGCGACGAAGUGAUAAGCUUCAAAGAAGACCAGUUCGUGGAAGGCGGCUACCAAGUGUCCUACGGCUACAACCCCGACUGUGAACCAGCAGAUGGCUCCAACGUGGUCUCAGCUCACGCUAAGAACACUGACAUCGAACCAGAGGUCGGCUACGGUGUAGAGCCCCAAACAGAAGGCCCCACGCCUCCACCAGUUACAGAAGCACCAGUCCAAACUAAAGUAUCAGUGAUACCAGCCGAGACAGAGUCGCCAUACGAAGCUACUGAAGCACCAGUGACUGAGGCACCAUAUGUACCACAAACCGAGGCCCCCUACGUACCACCAGCUGAAACACCAGCACCAUACGAACCAGAAGUGGAGACAUCUGCACCAUACGUAUCACCUGAGACAGAGGCUCCAUACGUUGCACCAGCUGAGACCCCGGCCCCAUAUGUACCAGAAGCCACUACCGCAGCACCAUAUGUACCACCUGCAGAAACCCCAGCCCCAUACGAACCAGUGGUCGAAACGGCAGCAUCAUAUGUACCACCCGCUCAAACCCCAGCACCAUACGUGGCUCCAGUCGAGACACCUGCACCAUAUGUACCACCUGCAGAAACGCCGGCACCAUAUGUACCACCUUCAGAGACACCAGCUCCAUAUGUACCACCUUCAGAGACACCAGCUCCAUACGUACCACCAGCCACCACCGCUGCCCUAUAUGUACCACCUGUGACAACGACGGCGGCUCCAUAUGUACCACCACAAACUCAACGACCUGUCGUACCAUAUGCACCAUCUGCUUCAGGAGGCUCCUACAGUAUCGAGAACAUCGUCGAGAUCCCUGAAGAGACUGAAGCCCCAACUACCACCACUACAACUACGACAGCCGCUCCAUCGUACGAAGAAGAGACGGCAGACGGCUACGGACAAGCUGUACCACCUUCAUCUAUCGUCGAUGUAAGUGGAAUUCGUAUUUUAGAAAUCAUUUCGGUAGUCUUUUAUAAGGCAAAAGAAUCCCCUUGCACAGUGCAAUCUUUCCAUUCGACUCACUGCACGGUGCAAAAAUAUAAACUGCACUGUGCAAAUUACUUCAGUUUAAUCCUUGCACCGUGCAAAGAAAUGAAAAUUCACCUUGCACUGUGCGCUCUUCUUUCAUUUUAUGCACAGUGCAGACAGCUUUCCUUGAAGGAAGAAAAGAGCGACAAAAUUGAGAAGAAAAUCACUUCUCAAGUCGAUUCGCACAGUGCGAUUUCCACUUGUCGCAAUUCAUUGCACAUUUGACAAUGACCACACUCUGUGGUGUCGUUUGAUCAAACGAUCGGCGACAACAUUUUGCGACAAGAAGCUAUCGCUUUUGUGUCAUUUUCACUUCAAUAUCCGUCGCAUUUAGCCGCAGAGUUCGAAUUGCGACAAGUUAUCGCGACGAGCAUUUGAAAGCGUUGCGACAAGAUGUUGCACGCGGUUGAACUCAGUCGCUGUCCUGUUCAAUUCUGAAACGAUUGUCGCAACCCAAAAAUGUUUGUCGCGUGUCAGUUGGCGACAAAUUUUCUUGCGAGACAACGACAUUUUUGAAAUUUUGCGACACCAACCCUUUAUCGCGAUGUCAAAUCAACAAUUGUCGCACCACUCUGAUGCUUUUCAAUUCACUAUUCAAUUUUUUGUCGCAUCGCUUUGAGUGGUUGUCGCAGAUUUUUUGCUUCGUCGCUCACUCAUUGCGUUUGUUCGUUUGCAACGUGCAGUCAAAAAGUGAUUGCACCGUGCGAAGCGGCGAUUUUCUUUCUGAAGGAAAAGGAUUGCACUGUGCAAAGAUAUGAAAAUUAGAAAUAUCACUGCACCGUGCAGAGGAAAAAUGAAAAAAUGACUGCACAGCGCAGUAGAAUUGUGAGCUUACCAAAGGAAAUCGAUUGCACAGUGCAAAGGAAUAAAACUGGUAAAUAGAUUGCACUGUGCAGUGAAAAGGAAAAAAUAAAAUAAAUUGUUUGGAGUGGUUGCACCGUGCAGGAAAAAUAUAAAUUUUUAAAAAAAUUGUUAAAUAAGAAAAUAUACAGCGACAAAACAAAAAAAGUACCAGGAUUUUAUUAAUUAUCACACCUAAAAUGUCAUGUUACAGGAAAACGAAGACGGAGUGGAGUACGUAGAUGAACUGACAACUCCCCCGCCCCCUCCACCCCCACAGACCCCCCGCCCUCGUCCUUUGCCAUCCCCACGAGCCCUGCCUCAACCAUCUUCUUAUAUUGGAGCUCCAUCGCAAGUCCAGGUACCAGCUUCCCUGCCAGUCCAGCCAUCAUACCCCUCCAGUAGCUACGUCCAGCCCCUCCCUUCGGCUUCUAUUCAGCAGCCAUUCAGCGGCCAAGGCUACGUCCCUCAGCCCGCCUUUACUCCGUUCGUACCACAACCAGUACCACAGUACCAGACCAGCCAGUACCAGUCCGGAGGGUACCAGUCUGGAGGGUACCAGUCCCAGUCUAACGGCUGUUGUGGAGGAAACUGGUUCAGUAGCCAGGGAUCGUUGUGUGCUCCAGUCAGCUACUCGCCUUGCAACGCUCCUCAGUCUAGCUGCCAGCCGGGUUGUCAAGCGACGUCGUCAUGCUGUAAGUUGGGAUACUGUAACUCCUAGGGUAAUUAAUCGCAGGUUAUUAUUGCUUAAACUUAAGAGACCUUACUGUAAUUCUUAUUAGCUUUCAUAAGUUACAGUAGAUGUUCCACAACACAUUAAUUAAAUUUUGAAUUUCAGCCCCUGGCUGUGCCCCGCCAGUCCAGCAAUCGGCCUGCUCGACCCCUUGCUCCACGCCCUGCCCACCCCCAUGUCCUCCGCCAUGUGUGCCACCCCCCUCCUCGUCGUGUUGUUGUCCUCAGCCUAGUGUCGCUCCCUCCUUCUGUGGCGGUCGUCGCAAGAAACGGUCACCCGAGAUGGCGGCGAUAUGCAAAUUGUUCAGUCUUUGA